GAGUUUGGCAACUUUUGAUAAAGCUCGCAACCGUGUCGUCUUUCGAAAAUACUAACAUUUCGCAAACCUCACUACAGCAAGAAAACACGAUGUUUUCCAAGCCAUCGGGAAAUGGCCAGACGAUGUAUUUUGCAUAUGGUAGUAAUCUCCAAAUGAAGCAGAUGGCGAAACGCUGUCCAGAGAGCCGCUUGAUCGGUUCCGCGACACUUCACAGUUAUCGAUGGCAGAUCAACGAGCGGGGUUAUGCCAACGUUGUUGCAGAUAGUCAAAGUUCUGUCGAAGGAAUCUGUUAUCUCCUCAGCGACAAAGAUGAGGCCAGAUUGGACCGCAGUGAAGGUGUUCAUACGGGGGCAUACGAGAAAGAAGAGCUUCAUGUAGAGCUAGUGUGCGCACCGGUAGCUUUUGUGGGCCGAGACGUCGAGCAGAUUGUAAAUGAUGGGAGCCUCGAUACACUUUGCAGAAACGCCGAAGAACAGCACAGAUGGGGCGACAACCAUCGGAGAUCGAGUUCGGUACCAGUCGAAAGAAGAUCCAGGACAAUAUUGGACGGGCCUAGGAAACAGGGCGAGUUUGCGAAAGCCUUGGUGUAUUUGAGCACGUCGUAUACGAGGGAUGGUCCGCCUCGAGACGAGUACAUUGACCGCAUGAACUUGGGCCUGAUUGAUGCACUUGCAUUAGGUGUAUCGCGACGCUUCGUCAACAACACGAUCAAGCCACGGAUCAGCAUAAAGCCCAAGCAAAGGCCCAGAGGAAAGGGCACGAUAGCUGCCAGAUCCAAACAACCCAAGGCAACCCAAGAAUCGGAGAGAAGACUGACUCGUGGACGGAGGACUCAUCCGGCAUCACGAGUUGACGUGAUCCACGGAGAUGGGUAUGAUUUGUCGUAUGUUUCAGGGCCUGUUUCGCAGGAACGCAUGUCUUUUGAAUACUAGUAAUUAUCAAUAUCCAAUACUGGCACUCAAUACUCGUUAUUCAACGUUAGUAUCCGUACAAAUUAGUGGUGUUUCGUAAGAUACAUAACUAUUAUAAUUACGGAGGUUUCAGCAUUAUAGCCACUAACUUAUUUAGCCUCUAUUUUUAGCCUCACUAAUCCCCCACUUGUUCUUUCCUAAUAAUUAGUAAGUAGUGC